CUUGCAGUUGUUAUGCUCCAAAUAACCUACACAUAUUAACUUUUAGCCCUGUCCAAUUUGUGAAGCAAGCAUGGAGAAGUGUCGUCACUUGCUCCAGUGCCUUUUAGAACAAUUGGACUAACCAGUUAUUCACGAGCUAUCCUGAUUAAGGCUGAAGGACAAAAUUGGAUUCGCAGUCAGGGGUUGUGCUGCGUUAAUACCUUGCAAAGUAUCACUUCCUCCUAUGCAGCAGCUUACAUAUGCUUUGAAUGCCGGAGAGUGAGUUACUGCUUCCUGGAGUAACGCGCAGCGACAUCCAAGCAGCGCCUCUCGCGGUUGAGGUUGAUGUGGAGCGAAGCGCAACCUCGGGCGACGGCGAUGGCCCCCCAUCGCCCCAACGCACAACACCACCAGCAGCAGCGUCGACGGCCAUCAACGUAGUUCCCGUGCCCGAACGCCGGCCUUCAAUAUGGCAGUUGCCCUUCUGCGCCCCCGACCUGUCCUGGCUCAGCAUCGCCAACACCCUGCUCUACCUCUCCCUCAUCUGCCUCAACGUGCUGGUUUACUCGGAGGCGGUGUGGCCGGGAGUGGGGGAGGUAGACCGCAAGUACGGCCCGCUGCUCACCCCGGCGAGCUGGUCGUACCACCUGCGGGACCUGAUCAUGUUCCUGUGGGGUCUGGCCGUGGCGGCGCAGAGCCUGGCUGAGCACCUGGGCUGGCGGGACUACCUGCAGCACCGGCUGGGCAGCCUCUGGCGCAUCCAGUGGUGCGCGGACUGCAUCUGGCUGGUGCUGCACGUGAGCGGCAACAUGGCCGCAGCGGCGGUGUUCUCCGCCACCUCGCUGUGUGCGGCGCUGCUGGGGAUGCACCUGCAGGCGUCGUUGAUGCGGGAGCUGCACCCGAGGAUGCAGGAGGAGGGACAACCAGGCGUCCCCGCCCUGGCCUACCUGCUCUUCGCCGCCCCCACCUCCCUGUCAGCGGGCUGGCUGCUUGCGAACCAGUGCCAUGCAAUUACGGCGGCGGUGGUGCGGGCGGACAAUGGAUCCCAAACGAUCGCCCUGCCGCUCGGCUGCUGUCUGAUAGCCCUAGCCGCCUGCAUGGCCCUGUCCCACCUCGCCCGCACGCGUGACGUGCUGUUCGGGCUUGGCUUCGCCUGGGCCGCGCUGGCCAUGUCGGUGUCCUCUGGGGGCUAUGCGGGCACCUACAUCGAUAACGGCGAUGGUACCUAUAGCUACGGCUAUGCAAACAGCAGCAGUGACAGCAGCGGUAUGGGUACCGGCGGCGGGUCCGGCAUGGGCGGUAGCAUGGCACCCUUGGAUGACGGCUACACUUUGCCACCAAUGGGCGGCUUGGGUGGUGGUGGUGGUGGUGACUAUGGCGGUGGAGGCGGUUACGGCAAUGCGACGGCCUCCCUCGGCGGUGAUGGUGAUUAUAGUGGCUAUGGGGAUGGCAGCGGUGCUUAUUAUGAGGGGUACCGGCCGGACCAGUUGAUUGCGCUGUUUGCGGGGUUUGUUGUGGCAAUCGUGGCGUUUGGUAUGGUUUCGGUGCCGCUGGGGCAGGGCAUGGUAGCGACGGUGCGCGGUGGGAGAGGGGGAGGGAGAGGAGGAGCGAGAGGAGGGCGGAUAGGCGGCGGCGGAAGUGGAGGAGCUGGUGCCGCAGGG